CUCGCUUCGCUUUCGUUGCCCCUGCACCGCAACACCGCUGUACAGUGCGAAACGAAUCCGCGCCGGACGCACCGCGUAAACAAUAACACGUUGACAAAAUACUAGAAAUCUAACCACAUCGUGCUGUCCUAGUUGUUACAAUGCGUAAAAUACGCUCCGGUGUAAAGUAAAUAAGUGAAUUGACAGUUUUUCGUGGUAUAUUUGCAAUCCGCGGCGUAUUGGACAGCAAAACUGUAUAAUUUUUGUGUUAUAUCCCCUGUGAGAUGUUGGGGGAAAAUUUUGGUUAAGAAGUUGACUUUGGACGUUUACUGGGACUUGUCUCGAAUGUGUAUUGAAACGUUUAUUGCCAUACACGGGCGCACUGCUAUGCGCCACGAUUUGGUGCAUUUCAUACGGCAUACAUCUUCCGAUCACUACUGCGAAGGAAGGAUUUAGUUUUUGCGGCCAGAUCGCAAUCGAUGGCGCUACUGAGCAUCCGAGGCGAUUGGUCUACGUUUCUGUUCCUUAUAUACUACAAAAUCUACUCAGCGAUCGUUUGGUUGGCCGGCAAUCACUGCCGUGGAGCUGAUAAGGGUCGCUCAGUGAUAAGCGGCGGAGUUGGCGGACAGUCGCCAGCAGGCCUUCACAAAGUGCGCACGCGUCGACGUAGACCGCAACAGCAGCAUCGUGCUAAGCACAUCGUCGCGUUGACCAGGAGACCCUCGUUGAGAAGAAUAGUCAUGGCACCCGGAGCGAGCACCGCCCACACCAUGCUGGAGGACAAGGAGAAAGCCCUCGGAGCCUUGGCCACUGCCACAGUAUCUCUGCGCACACGCCGCAUCAGCCAGUUCGCGCCGCUGCUGAUCGCGCUGGUCGGGCUCCCGGCCCGCGGCAAGAGUCAGCUGGCGCACCAUCUCUCGCGGCACCUCAACUGGAAUGGAGAGAGCACUAAAGUAUUCAACUGCAGCGAGUACCGGCGGCGCCACAUGGCGCUGUACGGCACGCACGACAUCUUCCGCGCCGACAAUGCGCAGGGCUCCGCCAUCCGCCGGCAGAGCGCCCACGAGGCCGUGCAGGACGCCGUGCUGUGGCUCAAGGAUGGGAACAGUGUUGCUAUUUUCGAUGGCACCAACAUCACCCGCGAGCAGCGUAGGGAGCUCAACGACUACUUCCUGUCGGAAAUGGGCUUUAGGAUCCUCUUCAUAGAGUGCGUCUGUGAGGACCAGGAACUCCUCGAGAGGAACAUCAUUGAGAUCCUGCGCUACUCUGAAGACUACAAGUCGAUGAGCGAGGAGCAGGCAGUGGAUGAUCUGAGGAAGAAGCUUGAGCAUUACAUGAGGCAGUAUGAGCCUAUUGAUGCGAAUUUGGAGACCAUUAGCUUCGUUCGUGUUGAGAACAUGGGAGAAACCGUGACCGCUCAUAAAGUCGCUGGCCAGAAGGAGUCUGGAAUCCUUGGAUACCUUUCGGGCCUUCGUCCGCUGCCGCAAACUUUAUACUUCACCAGACACGGUGAGAGCGAGUACAACGUGAUCGGUCGCAUCGGCGGCGACGCGCUGCUCUCCCCGCGUGGUCAGAGCUACGCUCGUGGCCUGGCUCAGCACAUGAACGCCAUAGCUGACCGCGAGCCUCUGUCAGUCUGGACUUCCGAGCUGAGACGCACCAAGCAGACGGCGGCGGAGAUCAGAGCUCCUAAGCGGGCGGUUCGAGCGCUGAAUGAGUUGGACGCUAUGCAGGAGCGCUUCCCGCAGGAGUUCGCGUGGCGCGAUCAGGACAAGCUUCGCUACCGGUACCCGUGGGGCGAGUCGUACAUCGACAUCAUGACGCGUCUCCGGCCCGUGCUGUCUGCGUUGGAAGACGAGCAUAAUGUCAUCGUGGUGGGACACCAGGCUGUGUUGCGGUGCAUGCUGGGGUACUUCCUGGAUGCCAAGCUCGACGAGCUCCCGUACAUGAACGUACCGCUGCACACCAUUGUCAAGCUGACAUCCCACGGCUACAAAUACAAAGUGGAGACCAUCAAGCUACCCAUCGAGUGCGUGGACACCCACCGCAAACAGCCCAAGAACUGCUCAAUCACUCGGACUUCCAUCGACGCGCUGGUGACGGUGCCGUCUCACUACGACACGCUGCCGUCGAACCUGUGGCAGAGCCCCUCCGAGGCACAGAGCUAGGCGGCGCGGCGCCCGGCCCGCGCGGCCGCCGACACGUACCAGCAGCACCAGGGCCGCCCGCGCCCCGGCACCAUGCAGUCCACGGCAGUGAAAAACCUUGGAUUUACAAAAGAAACGAUAUCGCGCCGAGGCACAGCAAAAACAACGCUUAGCGACAGCGCAGAAGUUUAGUUAUUCUUCUCUGUCGAUUCUCUAAGCGAGCGUGUAAAACUUUGGUGUCAUUCGUUUCUGAAAGUGUGGACGUUGAGCAAACUCUAGCCUUAUAAGAUUUUUAAUAGAAGUUAAUUCCGUUUAAAAUUACUUUUAAGAUUUUUUUUGCUUCAAACGACGCUUGAUCGUCAAAGAUUAGCGCGAUACGUACAAAUAUGUACAUGGAAUGUAUGACAAGCCUGUGUGUGAUCUUCCGAUCCGCAUUAAUAAGACUGAACAAAUUGAAUCCAAUCCAAUGAAAAGUGUUGAAGUCAAUUCGAUCUACAUUAAUUUUGUGUUCGUUAUUCUUAAGUUAAUAGAUAAAUCCCUUUGACUUACUUUAUUUUAUGUUUUCUAGUAUAACUUGCAUGCUUACUGACUUAAGAUUCCUAUACUUUAGGUUUUACAACUUUGCACAACGUCUUUAUUAUUAGUGUAAAAUGAAAAAAUUAAAAUGAAAAUGAAAAUGAAAUAUUUAUUUUUCAAGUAGGCAUAUUACAAUGCGCAUAUGAACGUCAAAUAAAGCUACGCCGGCUCUAACCCUACGCCUCAGCCUCGAGAAGCUUUCAGUCCCCCCUCAGUUGGGGGUUGUAUGUUGUUUAAAGUUAAAAUAACGCCUCAGGUCCGCAGGUAAACAAAAUAUAUCUGUUAUUAUCAGACAAUGAGUAUUCUACCUUAUCAGUAAGAUUAAGUUUCAUUAUACGUUUGAUCUUUUCUCUAAUUAGGACUUAUAUUGAUUAAUCACGCUUAUUUAGGGAUUUAUCGUAAUCUGCAGA